UUCGCGCAGAUGACUUGCGCUGGCGCUCUUAUAUAUAUGGCCUCCCGGGGUCCCUCGCUCUCCAACAUUCGUGUCGACGCUUCGCUCUCGCCCUCUUCUCAUCCGAUACGAUGUCCACAUCCGAAAACGUUGCAGUCGGGACACCCUCGCUUGACACUGCCGAUACGGUGACAAGCCUCUCCGACAGCGAGCACGCUCGCCCGGACGAUAGGAGCAACGAGGGCACGGGUUCUGACGAUGAGCCGGAGGACACUGCUGGCAAGAAAGCCACCUCUGUCGACGACGACGGCAAUUCCGCCGUAUCCACUGCUUCGGUCGACACCCUCGAUGACAAACUGCGCGCACUCCGGUCGUCCAUACAUUAUCGCAUCCCCUUCGUGCAUGACAAGCUUCCCAUCGAGCCUGGCCAGAAAAUCAAGCUGUACUAUGGCGACCCUGGAGACGCGCACUGCAUCGAUCUCGCGCAUCCGACCGCGGAGCAGCUUUGCCAUCUGGAGCGGGCGUGCGCGCCGGCGACCUUUGGUCGCAAUCAAGAGGAUGUCUUGGACGAGACGUACCGCAAGGCGGGUAAGAUGGACAACGCGGAUUUUUGCGUCAACUACACGCCCCCUGAGGGCGUGCUCGGCCUCGUGCGCGAGGAACUCUUCGAGAAAAGCGAGUGCCAACUUCGGUAUGAGCUGUACAAGCUGAACGUGUACGGCCAGGAUUCUUUUUUCAAGCCGCACAAGGACACGCCGAGGGGGUCCCAUUAUACGGGCACCCUCGUCAUGAUUUUCCCAGCGCCGCACGAGGGCGGUCAGCUUGUCUUCACCAGCGGGCAGAACGAGUGGACCGUCGACGCCGCCUCGGAGAUUUUCCAGGGCGGCACCCCUCACGUCGUCUACGUCGCCUUCUACGGCGACGUCACGCAUGAAGUGCGCAGGGUGACCUCGGGGCACCGCGUCACCCUUACAUGGAACAUCUUUGUAACCAUGCCGCUCAGGCCGGCCGCACUUCCAAAAGAGAUCCUGGACUACGACGCGGUGCUCAAGAAUGCGCUCGCCGAUCUCCUCGCCGACGAGCGGCUGCUGCCGAACGGCGGGUAUCUGGCCUUCGGUCUGCGAUACCAAUAUCCGGAUAAUUCCCUGUGCUGUUGGACGACGUCCGACCUGAAAGGUGGCGACGCGAUGAUCGGUCGUGCGUGCGAAGCGCUCGGCGUCGAGCCUAUGCUACGCCUGUUGUACGGAGGCUACAGCCACGAAGACAUCGCCAACUUUUUUGGCAAGCGCCACGAUGCGUACUUUCUCGCGUGCACCACUGUCGGUGAGAACUGCUUUGAGCAUGUGUCGAAUUUGGCAGAUGCCGUGGAAGAGGAAGAUGUCCUACGGGACGCUGGAACGGCGCCUCUCAGGAAUGGCUAUCACGAGGGUACGGAGACGGUCUGGGUGACCGGCUUUGAUAAAAAAGCAAGUCGGGUCGAGGAUCACUAUGUGGCGUACGGUAAUGAGCCAUCCGUGGACACCGCGUACGCCUCCUAUGCGCUGUUCAUCAAGGUGGAGAGGGAAGAUAAGGAUUGAC